GCAAGGAACCUCCCACAGCGAUUUUAAACAUUAAUAUGGCAGCUGUUCGAAUAUGAAAGUCAGUCCUUCGAACUCUGUACGAUAUGAGUUUUACGAGAAGGCAGGCGACAAGAACGAUGACGAUUUCGCGCCGUACGUCGUGAACAGAAAAGCGGUUUCAGUAGACGGACUACACUACUCGGUACCUCUGUACCCGGCCUGGAGAGCGGGAUUCACCCGGAACUGUGCCACUAAGAACAUUCUGGAUAAUGUUACCCUGCACGUGCCCGAUGGUACUCUUAUGGCUAUCAUGGGAAAUUCUGGUUCAGGCAAGACAAGCUUACUUGACGUGUUAGCUAACAGAGCAGUGUCGGGGUCCUCUAUUAAAGGUGAAAUAAUGCUGAACGGUACUAAUUGUACUCCUCGCAUGAUGAAACACUCUUCUGGCUACGUUCUACAGCACGACAGAAUGCUGCCUAACCUGACAGUUUGGGAGACACUAAUGUUCGUGUCACACUUUACUCUUAACGAGAACGAGUCCUCCAAAGAAGAGCGGGUACAGACAGUGAUAGACAGACUAGGCUUAUCCCACGUGACUGAUACACGUGUUGGUAACGAGCACACACGUGGCCUCAGUGGUGGUGAGAGACGGAGGGUUUCCAUUGGUAUCCAACUCGUCAACGCUCCUAGUGUUUUACUGUUGGACGAGCCGACAACAGGUCUUGACUCGUUUGCAGCACACAACUUAGUCCUGCUACUGAAGAGAAUUGCUGGGUACGGGGUGACAAUCCUUAUCACUAUCCAUCAGCCCCGAUCUGACAUGUUCAGACUAUUUGAUGGCAUCACUAUUCUAUCCUCCGGACAGCUAGUGUACAGCGGUCCUGCUCGUGCUAUGGUGCAACACUUCAACUCUCUGGGGUAUCCCUGUCCUCUGUACGCUAAUCCUCUUGAUCAUUACGUGGAUCUGGGUACUAUUGAUUACAGGAGUGAGUCGACCCAGCUGAAGACAUCAGACUCGGUAGACUCGCUGAAGAAGAGCUUCAUGGAGAGUGCGAUCCACAGUGAGACUCUACAACAGAUACACUACUGGAAGUCAGGGCCCCGGGAGAAUGUUGUGUUUUACCGGACCAAGGCUAACAAACACGAGAUAAUGAGACGUAUGAUCCAGAGACUACAGCUGAAUCUGAGUCGGGAUAGUUCUGCUCUUACCAUGAGACUUAGUCAGCUCUUCCUGUUCGGGUUCUUCAUGUUCGCUUUCUUCUUCCGCAUUGGCUCAAACCAGAACUCCAUGCAAGACAGAGUGGGAUUCUUGUACGAAAUCAGCUGCGGUCCCAUAUUUAUUGGAAUGUUUAACGCUAUCGCCCUGUUCCCAACUAUGCGAGAUAUGCACUACAGGGAGUCACGUGAUGGGUUCUACAACAGCUGGAUGUUCCUCUGUACUUACUUCGCUCAUAUUAUCCCCUUUGCUAUGUUAGCCAGUGUUAUCUUCGCUACUUUCACCUACUGGUUAGUAGUGGAAUGUGAGGGAAGGAGGGAGUGUGACGUCACGUGA